AGUAUCUCAUAGAAGCUACAAAACUGUUCACUGUCCACUAUCCACUGUAUUUAACCGAACAUUUUAAACAAAGUUUAAUCAAGAGAAAAGUUAUUCUGCUCUAAACCGCCAACAAAAAAGGAAAAGCUAUAGCAAACAUCUGCAAGACUUGGAGAUGGACUAUCCGAAGAAUGAGCAGAAUCCACCUCCCUACAGCCCAGGGUACUAUCCCCAGAAUCCUGCCCCCCCACCGGGCUUCCAUGUUGGCCAAGGGAACAUAGCCGUAGUGAGUCCUGCUGCUGACUACAACAGCAUGGGGGACCCUGAGAACGGUCACUCUUGUGCUCCACCUGAGUACUCCCAGGGCUUUGAGGACCAGGAGACCUACCUUUUCUCAGAUGCAACUAUCAGGAGAGGCUUUGUGAGAAAAGUCUACUUGACAUUGAUGGUCCAGCUGCUGAUCACUGUUGGACUCAUCUGUGUAUUUCUGUUCUGUUAUGAUCUCAAGGAAUGGGUUCAACACAAUAGUUGGUUUACAUUUACAAUGAUGGGACUGGUGUUUGGUCUGAUCAUAGUGCUCGCGUGCUGCGACAGUGUACGUCGGAAGGUGCCACUAAAUUUCAUCUUCCUGGGACUGUUUACCAUUGUGGAAGGCUUCAUGCUGGGCUCAGUAACAGUGUUCUACGAGGCUGAUGCUGUACUCUGGGCUGUCGGUGCCACGGCUCUGGUCUCUCUGGCAAUGAGCGUGUUUGCUAUGCAAACAAAAUGGGAUUUCACUGCAGCCAGUGGGACUAUGUGGGCAAUUGGCUGGACGCUCAUAUCAUUUGGACUGCUUUGUGCAAUUCUACGGACACAGUAUCUAUACAUUGUAUAUGCAUCAUUGGGGACUCUGGUCUUUUCAAUUUAUUUGGUGAUGGAUACCCAGCUAAUGCUUGGUGGGAAACAUAAGUACAGCAUCAGCCCAGAAGAGUACAUCUUUGCUGCUCUAAACCUGUACCUUGAUAUAGUCACUCUUUUCCUCUUUUUACUACAGCUUAUCGGACUCUGCCGCUAGUACUAGGCUACUUUUACACCUAAAUCUGUUUACUGUACAAAGCACUGAUUCAUAUACUACCUUCCAUCCAGCAAUGAUCUCUGUACACCCAGCUCUGAUUCCUGUACAACCUUUCACGCACCUCUGAUACCUGUGUUAACUUUAUACCCAACUCUGAUUCCUGCACUACUGAUACGUGUUCUACAUUCACACCUAGUGCUGGUGUGUGUGUGUGUGUGUGUGUGUGUGUGUGAGUGUGUGUGUGUGUUCAUGCAGGUAUUUCUGCUUGUAUUUUAAUGAGGUGAAAUUGCCGUGAUAGCAGAUGUUAUGUUUUGGAACAGUACAUUUGCCUAAUUAAUGUCCAAAUGAAUGUGCUAAAAACAUCUUAAAGUACUUUUACUCAGAGAAUUUUGGAAUCUGGGAUCAGUUCAGCUUUCUUUUUGAUGU